ACCAACCGCCAUUAUACUCUAAGAGGAAGAAGAAGCUACUCCCGAGUCUUGUGAUGAAAGCCUAAGCGUAACAUAUCAGCUGUCCUGCACGUUGACAUUGGGAUAGUAACCUAACAGAAGAGCCCGGUCUGUGCUGACCUCUCUCACGGGAUGGGGUCGUCCGUGUCCACACCUGCUGCUCCAGAAGCCCAGCCUGUCAAAGUGGCUCCACCUUCAGAAUGUCCCAUGCAUCAGUCUCAGCCUGGAAAAGCGUCGCCUCCAUCAGAGUGUCCGAUGCACAAAGCAGAAGCAGGUCCAGCCCACCAGGAUCGGGCCUAUGAGUUUGUGGAGUGUCCCAUGAGAGCUGCUGCGGACAUGAAGAGCAACAUCGACCCAGCAAAUAUGAUGCCUCCUCCUAACCAAAUGCCAUCACCAGGCCAGCCUUUCAGCCUGUCAGUCUCCAGAGAGGAAUCCACCAUUCCACGUCAUGGCACAGACAAGAACUGGGUUUACCCUUCUGAACAGAUGUUCUGGAACGCCAUGCUGCAGAAGGGGUGGCGCUGGCGUGAUGAUGACCUUGCUGCUGUGGACAUGACCAACAUAAUUAAAAUUCACAAUCAGAACAAUGAGCAGGCCUGGCAGGAGAUCCUGAAAUGGGAGGCUCUGCAUGCACGUGACUGUCCAUGUGGGCCGAACUUGAAGAGGUUUGGUGGGAAAGCCAAAGAGUACUCACCCCGGGCUCGCAUCCGCCACUGGAUGGGCUAUGAGCUGCCUUUUGACCGCCACGACUGGAUCGUUGACCGCUGUGGGAAGGAGGUGCGCUAUGUAAUCGACUACUACGACGGUGAACUCAACAAAGACAACUACCAGUUCUCCAUCCUGGACGUACGCCCUGCCUUUGACUCUUUAGAAGCUGUCUGGGACCGUAUGAAAGUGGCCUGGUGGCGCUGGACCUCAUAAAGGAGUCUCACAGACUGGAAUGACUUCUGGAUUAAGGAGGCUACCUGGAGGAGCCGUGAGCCCGGAUACAAGAGAGCAUCCUUCACAGAAGGAGUCAUCGAUAAUCAGGUGGUGACUGGACGCAUCAGUGGAAAAAGAUGUCUCAUGUCUCUCAAAAUGUUUCUGGAUUCCUCUCUCCUUGCAUUUUUUUCCUUUUGUCUUACAUGGGAAGGAAUUGGGAUUCAUCCAGUGGUGACCAGUUUGACAGUUUAAGGUGUAUAGUGGGUUAUGAGCAUGUUGGUCUAGUUCAGGUAUAUAAUAUUUGAAAGGACCAGGAUGGGUAUCGGCUUUGCAAGUUAAACCCCGUGACUGUUACCCUUUCUGCUCUGGUGGUUAGUUUGCCAUGGCUUCUUCGGUUUGCCAUCAGAAGACAGUAGUUUGUUUAGAGUUUAAAUUGGAAGCCAAUUGACCAGUAUAUAUACUGUAUCAUCAUGUUCUUACAGCAACAUAAGAUACUGUCUCACUUUUCUAUUUCCUAACACACACAAAAAAAAUGAUAAAAGCUCUAAAACUAGAUUUUCAUCUCAUAAAUCACAUUUCCCUGGGUUUAAAACCAACAUUUUCUGUUGCGUUGUUUCAGAUACAGUAUUUUCACUAACAUUUCAUCUGCUACUUCAUUAUCAGAAUUCUGCAUCUCAGCUUUGCUACAUCAUUUUACUGCAGUGAUAUUCAUAUGUUUAUUUAUUGAUUGAUGAGUGUAUGCACAUUUCUGUGGGCAGAAUCUUGCAGUCUCUGUUUCCAGAAUGUGUAUUCUUGUACCGAAGAAUGAUUUUACAAGCGCUGGUGGUUAACUAUUUUACCAGUGAAGCUGGUGCUCUACAUCCUCUGAAUAAUAUUUGUGUUUACAUUUGAUAAGCAAGGAUUGUUUGGUGCUGUUGUAUUUUGUGAAAGGUAGUUGUUUUGCACCUCAGGGCCACUGUAGUACAGACAUCAAGAGAAAAAUAAAUGGGUUUAAGAAGUUUUGAU